AUGACUUCGGUUGGGCUCUGUCAUACUGAUAUUACAUUUGGAAAGAUUGGAGAUUCUCCAAAAAUCUUAGGUCAUGAAGGUACUGGUAAUGUUAUUAAAAUUGGUUCAAAAGUUACAAAUGCUAAAGUUGGAGAUCCUGUUCUUCUUUCUUUCUCCUCUUGUAAUAAUUGUAAACCUUGUAAACAUGUUCCAGGUUUUUGUACAACAUUCAACGAAAUCAAUUUUGGACUUUCGAAUGAUGUUUUUACAUUAAAUGAUCAAAAGAUAGACGGUAAAUUCUUCGGUCAAUCGUCUUUUUCUAAAAAAUCAGUUGUAAACGAAUCAAGCAUUGUUAAUGUCAAAGACUUAAAUCUUGAUGCUGAAACUUUACAAAAAUUUGGUCCUUUGGGUUGUGGGUUUCUCACAGGUUCCGGUGCAGUUUAUAAAGCUGGAGCUGCAAAAAAAGGUGAAAGUUGUGUAGUAUAUGGUCUUGGAGGUGUUGGGUUGGCAGGUAUUAUGGCUGCAAAGAUUGCUGGAUGUUAUCCAAUCAUUGGGGUUGAUAUUAAUGAUAAAAAGUUAGAACUUUCUAAAGAAUUAGGAGCAACCCAUAUCGUUAAAGCAGGUAAUGAUAAAGAAGUUCAUGAUAAGAUUUUUGAAAUUACUGAUGGUGGUGCUGAUGUUUCACUUGAAAGUAUUGGAGGUCCUAAAUUUGUUCAAGCUGCUAUAGAUAAUGCGGCAAAUUUUGGUAGAAUUGUAUUUGUUGGUUUUGGAGGGUUUGAAGAUAUUAUUCAAGUAAAGUCAUUUGAUUUUAUGAGUACUGGUAAAACUUUAAUUGGAUGUGUUGAAGGUAAUUCACGUCCUCAAGAAUUUAUACCUCAAUUAAUUGAAUGGCAUUCACAAGGUUUAUUCCCCAUUGAAAAAUUAGAGACAUUCUACAAAAUUGAAGAUUUUAAUAAGGCAUUAGCUGAUAUGAAAACAGGUACCACCACCAAGGCUAUUCUUACUUUUUAA